AUGAGAUUUGACUCUGAAAAGGUUACCCAAGUUCCACCAGAUUUGGAGCAGGCAACCGAGAAUGAACUCUCACAACAGAAAGGGGAGAUGACCCCAAUCAAUACCAAUAAUUUGGCUCGAAACCUUUCCGCAAGGCAAGUGUCGAUGAUUGCCAUUGGAGGUACAAUUGGCACAGGAUUGUUCCUCGGGACCGGAAAGGCGAUUGCAACUGGAGGUCCUGGCUCCACUCUGCUCGCAUACGCUAUCUGUGGACUCAUCAUUUACUUCACCAUGCUUUGCUUGGGAGAAAUGGCAGCUUUCAUCCCUGUCUCUGGCUCAUUUUGCACAUUUGCGGGUCGCUUUGUGGACGACUCUCUGUCCUUUGCACUUACAUGGAACUACUGGUUCAACGACGCUGUAUCGACAGCGGCGGAUCUACUUGCCCUGCAAAUCUUACUCCAGUACUGGACAGAUCAUUUCCCAGGGUGGGCUAUUAGUUUGAUAUUCCUGGUCCUUGUUCUCGCAUUCAAUCUGGCCCCUGUGGCAGUUUUCGGUGAGGUCUCAUACUGGCUCAGUCUCCUUAAAGUAGCCACUAUCAUCGUCUUUAUUAUCGUUGGAAUUGUAGUCAAUUGUGGUGGAAACCAAGGCCAUCAAUAUAUCGGUGAUCAAUAUUGGCAUGUCGGCGAGGCACCUUUUGUAGUGAGUUUCAUUCCCAAGGCAAACAAUGCAGAGCUGAUGUCUCUUUCCGAAUCCAGUGGAGGGACCGAGUCUAUCGCAAUCACAGCGGGAGAGACUAAAGAUCCAGCAAGGACUCUCCCACACGUUGUUCGAAACGUCUUCUGGCGAAUCCUGCUAUUUUACAUUUUGUCUAUUAUUAUCAUCGGAUUCAAUGUUCCAUACACCUAUCCAGGCCUGUCCACCAAGUCCACCAGCACGAGCCCAUUCACUAUCGUCUUUGUCGAGGCCGGCAGUGCCGCCGCGGGCAGUUUUAUCAAUGCAGUUAUAUUCACCAGCGCAAUCUCAGCUUCUAAUCAUGCGCUUUUUGUCGGCUCGCGGCUUCUAUACACCCUUGCUAUCAGUGGCCACGCCCCCCGGUUCCUUGGCCAUAUCAACCGCUUCCAAGUACCGUGGGUUGCAGUCCUGGGGACUCUGGUAAUUAGUGCCCUUUGCUUUGGCGCAAGCUAUAUCGGACAAGGACAGCUAUGGGUUUGGUUACAAAAUAUCGUUGGUGUUUCGAAUCAAAUAUCUUGGGUAGUCAUUGGCAUAGCCUCCCUUCGCUUCCGGACAGGUAUUAAAAAGCAGAACCUUGAACAUUUACUAAAUUUCAAGAAUUGGACAUACCCAUGGGGUCCAAUCUUUACGGUCGGUAUGAACGUGGUCUUAAUCUUGGUCCAGGGCUGGACGUGCUUCAGUCCGAGCUUUAAUGUGGUCGACUUUUUCUCCUUCUACCUUGAGAUUCCCGUUUUGAUCAUCAUGAUCAUUGGAUGGAAGCUUAUCAAAAAGACCAAGCUUGUGAAGCUAGACGAGAUGGAUUUGGUUACCGACCGAUAUGACACUUUGAUUAAUCUUGCAGGAGGAGUGCACGAGUCCGAUAGUACACACGGGCCGGUCAGCCCAGGGCAAAACAAGAUUCUCGGAACUUUCAAGAGAAUUGGCAUGUAUUUCUGCUUCUAG